AUGGCUAAUUCAUCUCCAGCAAUUCUCCCAAUUUCCAAUCCCCAAACCACUAGCGACGCAACCUCCACCACUGCUGAACAAUCUGCCGUCGCGACUUCCGCCGUCCAUUCACUGUUUUCUCAAAUCUCCGGCACCGUCCGCUCCGGCCUCUCUAAUAGCCGCCCCUGGCCUGAGCUCGUAGACCGGUCCGCCUUCUCGAAGCCUGAGUCGAUCUCAGAGGCCACCCUUCGGAUUCGCAAAAAUUACACGUAUUUCCGGAUUAAUUACCUCUCGAUCAUAACUGUUGUGCUCGCGAUCUCGUUGUUAACGAAUCCUCUUUCCCUCCUCCUCCUCGCCGGCCUUCUCGCUGCCUGGCUUUUCCUCUACAUCUUCCGUUCUGCCUCCGAUCCGCCACUAACAGUCUUAGGCCGCCAAUUUUCCGAUCGUGAGACUCUCGUCGGCUUGAUCGCCUCUACCGUUGUUGUGAUCUUUCUUACAAGUGUAGGUACCGUUCUUGUUUCCGCUCUCAUGGUUGGUGUUGCUAUUGUUUGUCUGCACGGUGCCUUUAGGGCUCCAGAGGAUCUUUUCCUUGAUGAGCAGGAGCCGCAGGGUAGUGUUCCUGGCUUCCUGUCUUUCUUCACGGGAUCUGCCCCUGCCGCACCACCUGUGCCUGCCAGGAUCUGA